CUGCCAGGUGUCAUGCGCUUCCUGCAGAUCGAAUGGCAUAACCACGAGCGAGCGCGCAAUGCCUGGGACAUAGAACGAGCAGAGAUGCGAGCCAAGAUCGCGAAGCAGGAGGGCGAGGUGAGACAGGCCAAGCGCAUAAACGAACAGCUGGAGCGGCAGGUGCGAAUGCUGGAGAACGCUCUUAAGAAUGAGCGCAAGAAAAAGGGCGUCAACGGGACUGCGGCCACGAAUGAGGCUGGUGAGGCAGAAACAGGCAUACAGAUCAAGACAGAAGAUGCCAAGACUGGAGACAAGGGCGGCAAGCCAACUUACGCGCCUCACAAUUCAUUCCUUGAGAUCGAGGAGGCGAGCGAAAAGGAGCGCGAGCAGUAUUUGGACAAUACCUCCAAGUACCUUAAGAACUGCAUGAAGGAGAUUCAGUACUUGCUGACACCUCCGCAACACCCUCCUCCGCCGCAGAUGCUUCCAAAUGGCCAUAUCACGGGAUUACCAGAGCCUCCGCUCUCCAUGGAAGACAUGUACGCCCAGCAACAUUCUAGAGGAAAUCAAAGGAACCAGGCUCGUCAGGUCUUGCCCCAGCAACCGCUCCCUCCAAAUCACCAACCUCCGCCAGUGCCACAGACGCAAUCUCAAUACGGCCAGCAAAACCAGGGCGUGAACUAUGUCGAUUACAACCACCAAGGACAACAACCUUCAGACUUCGUGCAGCAAACACAGCAGCCAGCAUAUGAGGAGCAGGUUGAAAGCGUAACGCAUACUUAUGACAACAAGGGGCGACCCGUACAGGACCCACCGGCACAGCAGCAGAUACACCAAUCGGAGAACCUGCAACUACUCUCGAAAGGCAUGAAGGAGCAGGCUGAAGCAGAUGGAUGGACUUUUGAUGAAGAAACUCCCUUGAACCCUGAUCUUCAGCCUACCGACCCUCCUCGAAGACCUGAUACCGAUCUAUUUCCGAGCGCUGCCAAUCCUGCAUCGCUACCUGCGAAAUCGCCACCCAGAUUGGGACCACACAGCAGACGGAAAAGCUCUGGCUCACAGAACAUGUCGAGACGGCGAAGCUCUCAAGGCAAGAAUGAUACCCAUGAAGGUGCCGAAGCACUAUCAAACCAAGAUCCUUCUCAAUUCAAAGUCCGCUUCGCAUUGCGAGGCCAUCUCGACGUCGUUCGUACUGUCAUCUUCAGCGGCGGUGGUAGCCCAAGCGAGCCCGAAGUUUGCACAGCUGGCGAUGAUGGCACAAUCAAGCGCUGGAUCAUUCCGGCAACAUAUCAGAAUUACAACCCCGGGAACAAUCAACCUGAUUUGGACAUCACAGCAAGAUUCACACAUAGAGGACACGAAGGCAUUGUCACUUCAUUGACAGCACCACCGGCCAGCACAGGUUUCAGCACUGGCGGCCAAGCUUCAGGAGACGGCUGGAUCUUCUCCGGUGGCCAAGACACUACAAUCCGCUGUUGGGAGCGAGGACGCGUGGAUCCAAAAGCAACACUGGAAGGUCAUACCGAUGCUGUAUGGGCGGUCUGUGUGCUCCCGGCAUCUGUUGGUGUGGUCUUUGGACCUCAAAGCAGCAACUUUGGUGGACCUGAUCGGCUAUUGUUGGUCUCGGGCUCGGCAGAUGGCACUGUGAAGGUCUGGGCUGUCAGCGCACCACCACAAUCGUCAUCGCCGUCCACAGGGAGCCGGAGAGGAGUUGGUGGAACGCGACGACACAGCGUCACGAGCGGAAGCAACUACCCUACCAGCCCGCAACCCAGCGUUGCCAGCAACACGCCUUUCAACUACACCUUGGUCCACUCGAUCGAGAGGCCUGGAGACCAGAAGGUGAGCCCGACGAGUAUAUGUCCGCUUUCACCGUCGGGAGAGACUUUCGUGGUCAGCUACACCGAUUCUUCAGUGCUCGUCUUCGACACCAGAACAGGCGAGGAGAUCAUCGGCAUGGCGAGCAACGAGACAUACGACGGCACGAUGAACACGAGUAUCAACACUGUCGUCGCCACGAGCUCCGGCUUAGAAGGCGCCAGCCCAGGCGACUCAGCGCGAGGCCAUGAUCCAGACGAUGUCGGUGGAGGCGCAACUGGCGGCAGAGAAGGCGUCGAAGGCGUAGUCAUCACAGGGCACGAAGACCGUUUUGUUCGGUUCUUCGAUGCCAAUAGCGGCCAAUGCACUUACGGCAUGCUCGCCCACCCUUCCGCUAUCUCUGCAUUAUCCUUAUCCAAAGACGGCCGCGAAGCUGUCUCUGCUGGCCACGAUGCAAGCAUACGAUUCUGGAGCUUGGAAAAGCGCAUCUGUACGCAAGACAUCGUCUCCCACCGAGCCAUGCGCGGCGAAGGCGUCUGCGACGUUUGCUGGAGCCAGGAUGGUCGACUCGUCGUUUCCGCUGGUGGCGACGGCGUCGUCAAAGUCUUCGCUCGAUGA